AUGUAUAUUGCUACUUUGCUUGAUUUGGAUGUUGUUUAUGUCAAGCCAUAUGAUGGCCUUUACUGUUUCCAAGAAUUGGCGGACUUGGACCUUGCGCGUGUCUUGUAUUCCAAUGUUCAGCUUUCUGAAUUCCAUAUACAGAAUUUCAUGUAUCAAAUCUUGUGUGGGUUGAAAUAUAUACAUUCAGCCGAUGUCAUUCAUCGUGAUCUCAAGCCGGGAAACAUUUUGGUUACUACACAGGGUACUUUAAAGAUAUGCGACUUUGGCCUUGCGCGUGGUAUAAACCCAAACUUUUUCAAAAAAAACAAAGCAACUGGAAAUAUUGGAAAUAACACUGGUAUGGGAACAGGUGCAGAUACAGUAGCGAUUACAAAUUAUGUUGCGACAAGAUGGUACCGUGCACCAGAGUUGAUUCUUUCAACUAAGAAUUAUACCAAAAGUGUUGAUAUUUGGGCUAUAGGAUGUAUAUUGGGCGAACUAUUUGGCAGAAGACCAAUGUUUCCGGGCAAGAGUCUGCAGGAACAAAUACUGGAGUUGAUCAAGAUUUUGGGCAGCCCACCAAACGAUACGGUCAAGAGGUACAACUGGAACAUUGAAGGCGUGUCUUGGGUUAGAUUCAAGUCUGUGAAAUGGACUAGUCUUUACCCGUUUGCACCCAAGGAGGCUAUGAAUUUGUUAUCACAGUUGUUGCAAUGGGACUACAAAAAGAGGUUGGAAGUUGAGGAGGUUUUAGAGCAUGAGUUUUUCAAGUAUGUGCGGAACCCAGCCGAUGAGCCAAGUAGCGAGACAUUGUUUGAUUUCAGCUUUGAAGAAAUGGCAAAUGAUAUCAGUAGUUUAAAGGAGGUGUUGGAGAGAGAAGUGAAGGAAUUUGUGUGUAGCACCUAA